ACUUUUCUAGAGCUCUACAGAAAACUUCCGGCUGCGUGCCCCCACCGGAUGACUGACCGUUCGACGUCCACACAAGAAGGCUACAGUCUCCGUCAUGUCCAACAACAACGCCAGCGGUAACUUGGUGGUCGCUCAGAAGGCCGUGAAACAACUGCGACUCGAGGCCAGCGUGCGGCGGAUGAAGGUGUCCCAGGCCGCCACAGAGCUGAAGAACUUCUGUCUGCAGAACGCCAGCAAGGACCCGCUGCUGAUGGGCGUGCCGUCCAGCGACAACCCCUUCAGACCGCCCAAAUCAUGCUCCAUAUUCUAAGCUGUCUAAGAUGAGGAUGAAGAAGAGGAAGAUGGUGAGGAGGAGGAGAUGAUGAAGAAUGCUGAGCAGCAUGUGAAGGACCAGUGAACCCCCGCCCUUUUUUGUCCCCCCCCCCUUUUUUUGACACCCCACCCUCCCCACUUAUUGACACAACUCUCUAUUGAACACUACAGUCAGUCACUACUCCCCUUGCAAUCCCCCACCACCCCUCACC